AAUGUAACCUUAUCAAUUGAUAGCAUAACAUUGUUUAAAAUCCUUUUCCGCGUAUUCGGACAUUUAUAUAAAAUUGAUAUUGUUUAGUAAUUUAAAACCAUAGUCUGUAAACUUGAACGAUGGCAAGCGUACUUAGCUUAUGGAACUGUAUAGCAAUUUUGUUCGUCUGCUCAAAAUUCCUACAGAGCACAGGAAAGGCAUUGAGCACAAAAUCUUAUCAAACUACUACAACACAUACAGCAGAUCUGAAUGGAAUGUCAACCCGACCUACGACUACUUUCAAGGAGGGAAUAGAUAAAAUAUCAAAGAAGGGGAAGACAGAGUCACCAUUGUCCAGUGUAAAUACACCAAACGUUUAUUCAUUAGAAAAUGCACAUGUAAGUGACAAAGUAUUUAUCCCACUAGCGCCUCAUCAGCACCAUAGUAAUGCCAAACACGGAGAGAAUAAUAAUACAACAAUAUCAACAGCUCGUACAACGUAUUCCAAAAGUCAUCCUUACAAUAAAAACAAAUCUACAAUCAGUGAAAGGUCCACAAUGUCCAAAACUGAUCUUAAGUCGACAUCAACAUUAAAAGAUAUCAAGCCCGCAAUCUCAACAACCGAUCUACACGCUCUCAACAAACUAAAUGGGAUAACGACGCCCUUUUGGAAGGAUGACUCGUUACGAAAAACUAACAUCGUGCCAACUCAGGACCCGUUUGUUGCACAACCAAAUAUGACUGUUACAGAUUUGAAGCCACAAAAGAACAAAAAUGAACAAAGUGUUAGUACAACUAUCCAAGCAACCAACAUUGAAACUACGACAAAACCAAAAAUGACAGAAUCGACUAAACUUGGAGUAACCAGUACAUUAUUAGAAACUGUCACAUUUUCUGGUGAAAGGUCAAGUAUUAAAUCUAAAGACACGUUUGUAAGAAACCCGAACGACGCUGCGAUUAAUACGCCUUCCACUAAUAGUAACAACCCUAUUGAGACGACAAGAUAUUCGAAUAUGGAAUCAUUUAGCGAUCUUCCAACAAAGAAGUCCAUGGGAGUUACUACAAACUUUGAAGAAGCACCAGAUGAUUCAAGUGUUCCAUUUUUGGAACAAGAUAGAAAAGUAAAAAAUGAAGAAAAUGAAGAAAGCUUUAAGCAAACUACACUCGAAAUAAACAAAGAAAUUCAAACUAAAUCGGAAAUAACAAAAUCAUCUCUACUACCAAGUACAUUACCCAAACAAGUCACGUCUUCUGGAGAAAAGAGAAAUUUUAAAACUACAGCAACGUUAGUAAUAAAUAAGAACGAUGAUACGAGUACUAUGCUUUCCAGUUACAACACCACACCUAUGGGGACGACGCAUAAUGUAUUUUUGAGCGACACCAAACCAUCCAUGGGAGAAACAACAAGUUUUGAACACACACAGCACGAAACAAGUGUUUCAUUUUUAGAGCAAAAUACUAAAAAUAAAAUAUCCGGCAAUGAAGAAAUCAUUGAUCAAACUACAUUCAAAACAAACGUCGAACUAUUGAAUAGAUCGGAAAUGAAACAAUCAACUGAACUUCCAAAUAUAUCAUACGAACACUUCACGUCUUCUGGAGAAAUGGGUAAUUUAAAAAUUUCCGGCUUUUUAGGAAGAAACAAGAACGAUGACACUAGUAAUAGUCCUUCCAAAAGUAAAACGACACCAAUGGGAACGAAUAUUGAAUUAUUUAGCGACACCAAGACACCUAUAAGAGUAACAACAAGCUUGGAACAUACACAAGCAAACAAGAUUAUUCCAUUUUUAGAGCAAAAUACUGAAAUUCAAAAAAACGAAAAUGAAGAAAGCUUGGAGCAAACUACAUUCGAAACAAACGUUGAAACUCGGACUAGAAUAGAAAUCAAACAAUCAAUUUUUACUCCAAAUAAGCCAUACGAACAUUUUACGUCUUCUGAGAAAUUGGGAAAUUUCAAAUUUACCGCCACGUUAGGAAGAAACAAGAACGAUGACACUAGUAUUAGUCCUUCCAAUAGUAAAACGACACCAAUGGGAACGAAUAUUGAAUUAUUUAGCGACACCAAGACACCUAUAAGAGUUACAACAAGCUUGGAACAUACACAAACAAACACGAUUAUUCCAUUUUUAGAGCAAAAUACUGAAAUUCAAAAAUCCGAAAAUGAAGAAAGCUUGGAGCAAACUACAUUCGGAACAAACGUUGAAACUCAGACUAGAUUAGAAAUCAAACAAUCAACUGUUACUCAAAAUAAGCCAUACGAACAUUUUACGUCUUCUGAAAAAUUGGGAAAUUUCAAAUUUACCGCCACGUUAGGAAGACACAAGAACGAUGACACUAGUAAUAGUUCUUCCAACAGUAACACAACACCUAUAGGGACGAAAAAUGAACUAUUGAGAGACACCAAAACCUCCAUGGGAUUUACAACAAACUUUGAACACACACAAGACGAUACAGGUGUUCAAUUUUUGGAGCAGAAAACGGAAAUUGAAAAAUAUAGAGAUAAAGAAAAGUUUGGUACUACCACUCUCGAAACAAGCCACAAAACUAAGACUUUAUCAGAAAUAAAACAAUCAACUCUACUACACAGUAUACUAUCCGAACAUUUUACAUCUCCUGGAGAAAAUGAAUAUUUGGAAACCUCAAGCGCGUUAGAGAUACAGAGGAAAUAUGCUACGACUAGUCUUCCUUCCAUAAAUGACAUAACGCCAGACUAUACAACUUUCAAUGCUACAAAUGAUAAAAUAUCAGUUACAAAUGAGGAUUUACGUUCUUCUGGCGUUGAUGAUGAUUUUAAUUCAUCCGGUGAUAUAGAUUACGUCACAACUGCACAAACGUCAAUUGUAAAUUGGAAUGUCAAAUUAUCUAACGAAGAAAUAAAAUCUAAAAGAAAGAACAGUACACCUAUCAGAAGUAUCAAUUCAAAUGUCGCUACUACUACCGAAGAAUUCAAUACUAUAUUUGUAGGGGAAAAUGGUAAUUCUAAUACUGCAUCUCGAUUUUUCUCUAAUCCUGCAGUUAGUCGGUCAAAAUCAGUUAUUACCUCUACUCUUUCGUCAACGCUUUCAAAUCCGAAGCCAACACAUAUUAUUUCCUUACCAAUUACUAGUAUACCAACAACUGGAACCGGUGUCAGACGUACUCUUAAGAAACAUAACGUUUCACACUUUAAUAUACAAUUUGAAGUCAAACAGGAAAAAACAAUUAUUACAACUCUUGCAUCUAGCACUAAAGCAACUGAAUUGGCUCCUAAACUUGGUUCUUCAAAUGCUUUAUCGCUUUCUGCUAUCAAAUACUAUAUAUAUAUCCUUAUCAUUUUCAUUAUGAAUAUUUUUAUUACAUAAAUAGUUUGAUGAACAAUUUUUCAAGUCGUCGUUUAAUCAUUCAUGUACAUAUUAUAUAUAACAAAAGUACAUCAUUCGUACACACAAGUCAACAGGUUCAUGUAUUUCACAUCCAAUUUUCUAUGGUUGAUUGUUUACAAAGCAAAAAUAGUCGGCAUUCACCUCAAAGUUAACCAAACCUUUAAACAGACUUAUCGAGAUGGGAUUUAGUUACGAUACCGCUGUCCAGUCAUCAAAAUGGCAUCAUUUGGUGUUAAUAUCGAUUCACUCAUCAUGCUCCUAGAGUCUGUGCACCCGGAAUACACAUUUGUCUAAAACAAGUUUUUGAUAUGACACGGGUUAUGUUCUUCUCGUAUAACGUAGGAUGGUAUGAUACUUAACUCCAUAUAGGGAUGUUUUGUGCAUUAUUUUCAUACGAUGACGGCAUAAUCGUCCAAUCAGUUUGAGGUCUGAAGCUGGCAAAUCAGUACAUGUAACUAGGUGAUAGAUUUUCUCGCUGGGUUAUAGAACCACCAGUCACCUUCAGCUGUUUAUGCUCACCAACAGGUCUAUAAUGUA